CGAAGCCCCGCCCCUUGUGUACUGCGGCUGGGCAUAUCCGGGGUCCAGGUCCAGCGGCCGGCGUGUGCUCCUGGUGCCGCGUGCCAGCUCCUUCUCUACCUCUUCCAGAGCCUGACUGGGGCCCCCACGUGGCCCCGGAUCGCUCGGCUCAGCGGGUCCGCAAGAGAGUCUGGGGCGUGCGAGGCGGGGAGGCGUGGCCAGACCCGGGUGGACUGCGGGCGGGGACCGCUCGGCCGCCUCCUGCCCGGCAGGCGGCGCGGAGCCGGGCCCAGACCAUGUCGCCAGAAGAAUGGACAUAUCUAGUGGUUCUUCUUAUCUCCAUCCCCAUCGGCUUCCUCUUUAAGAAAGCUGGACCUGGGCUGAAGAGAUGGGGGGCAGCAGCUGUGGGCCUGGGGCUCACCUUAUUCACCUGUGGCCCCCACACUUUACAUUCUCUGGUCACCAUCCUUGGGACCUGGGCCCUCGUUCAGGCCCAGCCCUGCUCCUGCCAUGCCCUGGCCCUAGCCUGGACCUUCUCCUACCUCCUGUUCUUCCGAGCACUCAGCCUGCUGGGCCUGCCCACUCCCACACCCUUCACCAAUGCUGUCCAGCUGCUGCUGACACUGAAGCUGGUGAGUCUGGCCAGUGAGGUACAGGACCUGCACCUGGCCCAGAGGAAGGAACUGGCCUCGGGCUUCAGCAAGGGGCCCAGCCUGGGACUGCUGCCCGAUGUCCCCUCUUUGAUGGAUACACUAAGCUACAGCUACUGCUACGUGGGAAUCAUGACAGGCCCGUUCUUCCGCUACCGCACAUACCUGGACUGGCUGGAGCAGCCCUUCCCGGGAGCCGUACCCAGCCUGCGGCCCCUGCUACGCCGGGCCUGGCCGGCGCCACUCUUUGGGCUGCUCUUCCUGCUGUCCUCGCACCUCUUCCCGCUGGAGGCCGUGCGUGAGGAUGCCUUCUACGCCCGCCCGCUGCCUGCCCGCCUCUUCUACAUGAUCCCCGUCUUCUUCGCCUUCCGCAUGCGCUUCUACGUGGCCUGGAUUGUGGCCGAGUGCGGCUGCAUUGCCGCGGGUUUCGGGGCCUACCCCGUGGCCGCCAAAGCCCGGGCCGGGGGCGGCCCCACCCUCCAUUGCCCACCCCCCAGCAGUCUGGAGAAGGCGGCCGCCCUGGAGUACGACUAUGAGACCGUCCGCAACAUCGACUGCUACGGCACUGACUUCUGCGUACGGGUGCGGGAUGGCAUGCGCUACUGGAACAUGACGGUGCAGUGGUGGCUGGCACAGUACAUCUACAAGAGCGCGCCCGCCCGCUCCUAUGUCCUCAGGAGUGCCUGGACCAUGCUGCUGAGUGCCUACUGGCAUGGCCUCCACCCUGGCUACUACCUGAGCUUCCUGACCAUCCCGCUGUGCCUGGCAGCGGAGGGGCGGCUGGAGUCGGCACUGCGGGGGCGGUUUGGACCUGGCGGGCAGCGGGCUUGGGACUGGGUGCACUGGUUCCUAAAAAUGCGUGCCUAUGACUACAUGAGCAUGGGCUUUGUGCUACUCUCGCUGGGCCAGACCCUCCGUUACUGGGCCUCCAUCUACUUCUGCAUUCAUGUCCUGGCGCUGGUGGCCCUGGGCCUGGGGCUGGCUUUGGGUGGGCGCAGCCCCAGCCGGCGGAAGACGGGGUCCCAGGCCACCAGCCUUGCCCCGGAAAAGCUCAGGGAGGAGUAAGCCAAUCGAAGGCUUUUGCCUGGGAAUUCCGUGAACCAGGCUACUGGCUCCUUUCCCAGAGUCCUUGAUGUGCUCGGGGCCUGGAGAGGAUUCCCUGUCCCUGCCCAGUGUUCCGCCUUUCAUUAAGCACUGCUGAGGGUUCUCCCGCUUUCCUGCCUGCUACCUGAGAGUUCCAGAAGGCCAUGUCCCUCCUGUAAAACCCAAAUGCUUUCCAGACAAGACUUUUCCUUUAUCCCUGCCACAGCUUGUGGAUGUUCAGGGAGCCAGACCACCGUCCCCUGCAACAGCAGGGGCCGAGAGCAAGUUCCCUUCUGCUUUCCACUGGGGGAGCAGCCCAGGGCAGUUUCUGGGUGUGAGGCACCUCUGGUGGCUUUGCCCCUCUUCUGCUACACCAGUGUUUCAGGCCUGGAAGUAAACACGACCUUCCCACUCCACAAAGGGAAAACAGGCUCAGUCGAGCAAGCCUGGGGCCCACCGUUCUUGCGGCUUUUGUCUGAGCCACCUCAGGGUCCCAACACUCCUGUCACUCUCUUAUCCUGUGGCCUAACAGCGUCAGAAUGUGUGACUCACCCAAUAAAGUGUUGCACACAGA